AUAAAAUUUCUUAUAAUCUCACUAUUAAUAGCAAGAAUUAUUUUCUUUUUAGGAAAUUUAACAAACAAAAAAAAUUUCCUUAAAAAAGAAAAAAACUCUCCCUUUGAGUGUGGAUUUGACCCUUUUUCUCUCUCCCGCACCCCCUUUUCUCUCCGAUUUUUUAUAAUCGCAAUUAUCUUUUUAAUUUUUGAUAUUGAGAUUGUUAUCCUUUUACCUUUUCCAAUUACUCAAAACCUUGAUAGUAUCAGCUCAUUAAUAAUAAUAUUUACAAUUAUUAGUUUAAUUUUAAUUGGUCUUGUGUAUGAGUGAAAAAAUGGAAUAAUUGAAUGAGUCUCAUAA